AUCGGGAUGGACAGUGUCCCACGUGGCGUCAUAGUGCUGCUACGAUAGUUGGGAGGUUAAAUAGCGGCUUGUUUCCUCCCGCUCGAGCCUUUUUUUUUCGAGAUCUCGAACAUAUCGUAUCUCACCUCACGCACCGUUACCCGGUCACGAUGGGCGCCAGCGAGGUUACCGCGAAAACAGCGGCGGAUGUCGUGGCGGAUGCUCUUCCAGAAGAAGCCACAUCCUUGGCCGCCUCUGAUGCCCAUGGAACCGAUACCGGCAAGAAGCCAGCACCGUUGCUUGCGAAACUGUUUACAGUCUUCCUCAUCUCAUGCAUCAGUUUCGGAUCGCAUUGGAGUACGGGCGUUACGGGGGCGAUGAAGAGUACGAUUAAGAAGGAAAUGAACAUCAACAACACGCAAUUCUCCCUCCUCGAAGCAAGCGAGGAUUUCAUGGCGACCGUGUUGAUGCUCCUGAGUGGAAUUAUCACGGAUCGCGUUGGUGGUGCUGGAAUGAUGGUCUUUGGCAACAUAAUCUACACAAUCGGCUCAAUCCUCGUGGCCGCCGCAACAACCGUGCGCUCCUUCAACUUCAUGAUUGGCGGCCGCGUGAUUCUCGCGCUGGGCGAUAUCGCCACGCAGAUUGCGCAGUACAAGAUGUUCUCCUCGUGGUUUGCGCCGAGUAAUGGGUUUGCGAGUACCCUGGGUUUCGAACUUGCCAUCGGCAAGAUUGGCGGGUUCGUGGGCAAGUCGACGGCGAAUGUUAUUGCCAAGAAUACCGGCAACUUCGCCUGGGUCUUCUGGACCUCCGUCUUCAUGAACCUCUUCACAAACUUCACCACAAUCCUCUUUUGGUUCUUCACUCGGUACUGCAACGCGCACUACACCUCCCCGCGUGAUCGCGCCACGAAAGAAGAACUCACCGACAAGAACAAGCGCUUCGAGUGGAAGAAGAUGCUGCAGCUCCCCUGGACAUUCUGGUGCAUCCUCGCGUUUUCGCUGUUCCAGACGAGUGCGGCGCUGGUGUUUAGUCAAAAUGCGACCGAGCUCGCCGAGCAGAGGUUCGAGGUUGAUGCGGUCAAGGCCGGGUGGUAUAGCGCUCUGUCGCAGUAUGCGGGCUUCUUCCUCGUCCCCUGCCUCGGCGUCUUCAUCGAUGUCCUGGGCAACCGCGCGUCGAUCAUCUCCCUCUGCGGGCUCGGCACCUUCCUAGCAAUGGUCCUCGUAAACUUCGCUCCCUCAAAGGGCGGCACCGCCGCCUCCUUCGGCGUCUUCGCAAUCGCCUCGUCGCUGGGCCCGACGUCCAUCAUCGACAGUAUCCGCACCAGUCUCUGGCACCAGUCGGUCUUUGGGUCGGCGUAUGCGCUCAAGAUUACGAUGAAUAAUGCGAUGAACAUAAUAAUCCGCAUAAUAACCGGCGCGCUGCAGGACGCGGAUGGCGAUUCGUAUCGACGAGUCGUUCAGGUAUAUCUCUUCCAGGGAGCCGCGGGGCUGGCAAUUGGAUUGGGAAUCUUCGUUGGCUCUUUCUUCGCGGCGGAGCUUGAUCUAUUGCAGUGGACGCGGUGGAAGCGGUUGAGUCAGGGUCCUGAGAUCAUACAGGGACUCAAGGAGAGGAAUCUAGUCCUCAAUCCGAGGCGAACAAAGAGGAUUGCCAUUACAGGCUUUGCGUGUAUCAUGGCGUUGACGGUUGGUGGGUGGGUUGCGUACAUUUGGGGCGCUGUUACAGGUCAUAAUAAGUAGGUAUAUAUUGAUUGCUGGGCGCGGUGGCGCCAUUCAUGCACUAGAUACACUAGAUGAACAUCCCCUGUCCACCGUGCCAUCUCCGACCAGGAGGACUCUGCCCACCCAGCUCACCAGCCAUGCCCGCCAAACAGACUAUGGCGGCAAGCAUGCAUCGCAACUAUGAGCUUGGAAUUGCAUUCGUGCCUGUCUCCUGGAUGCGAAAAAUCACGUCUCAGUACCCCUCGAAUGGAUCAACGCCUUGUUCGAAUUCCAGUAUGAUGAUGCGAGUCGCCUCGUAGGGAAG